AUGUGUGGCACGGACGACGACGCGGUCGACGGCGUGUGCGUGCGCUACGCGUGCACCUGCGGCCACUUGGCGCCCGUGAGUGCUCUGUUUUUCAGUGAGACGUGUCGUAAACUCGUGUGCCGUCGUCCAUGCUGCAGCGUCGAGGAGUUUGAGUCGUACUACUGCGGGAACUUGCUCGUGAACUUGCCGUCCAAGGAGGCGAGUACGUAUCAGAACCGCUCGAGCCGCUGCGUUAGCUGUCCCACGUGCGAGAACGCGCUGUCGGUGGCCUUUCACGAGCGCCGGCAGUGCUUUUUCUUCCUGUGCGCGCACUGCCGGUGGGAUUCGCUGGAGCUGGAGCUGGUCGAUGACGACCCGGACGCGCUCGUCCUGACGGCCAUCAAGCGGGAGCGACAGACGGUCCACGAGGACGUGUUCCAGGCCCUGUACUCGCACUACUCGACCAUGUCGAGCUCUUUGUCCAGUGACAGGUCGCUGUCGCUGAGCUCGGGCGCGGCGUUCAGUCGCACAAGUCCGCUCGAGCUGCUGGCCGACUCGAUGAAGGAGCUCCAACGCGAGCACCAGAUGAAAAAGUUCAGGCUCCAGCGGAUGGCCGAGAUGGGGCAUUGGAAUUACGACCAAGCGCUUGCGCAAGUGCAGGAGAAGGAGCAGCGAUUGCUGCAGCAGCGACGUGAGUAUCAGUGGCCAGAGCUGACGAAGGAUCUUGCACCGCUACAGAAUGGAGGGGUGUUGCAGAGAGGAGAUACGACGGAGGAGACACGUGACGUACUAGAGAAGCUUGCGCAUUGCAGUGAUAUGGGUGAAGUGUCGACAUUGCGGCAGCGGCAGCUGCAUCCAUUGGAUCAGUCGCGCGAAGCUGCCAUGGUCUUUCCUUCACGACCACUGCUGCGAGUAAAGCGUACAUGGAGAUGUGUUGAAUCGAUCAAGCGUGGUACAGCCGGGAUCCUUGUGAAACCUCAGAUCAGUCCAAUGAGUGGCGAUAGUUCACUGCCAGUGUCGGCGUCAUGGUUUAAGAAAGCCAACUUGGCCGCGCAGUUCGUACCCAUCGUCACGUUCCAGCGCCUACCGUAUCGCGAUCGUGACGGUGGUGUUGAAUGCGUCUUGCUUGUGGAAAACCCUCUGGACGACGCCAUUCGCAUUACGUUCCGUGCUGCCCCUCCGUUUGACGCUGACAAAGAGUUGCCUGGGAUCGGAGAGGUCGUAUUACAAGACUUGACUCCAAUCAUCGUUGGGCCGUAUGAAGACCCGAAUAUCGCUGAUGCUUUUGUCGACGAUGAAUCACCAUUUGGUGCUAAUGGUGACCAGCGUAACCCGAUGUUGCUACAAGCCAUCCGCAAUCUCAUCAAAGUCAAGCUUCCGGUCGACGUUCGUUUUGAUACUACGCCUCCAAAUGCAUCCAUAUCAGCACACUUCAUCAUGGACGUGGAAAGAUUUGACGAAGACGCAAAUGAGGUUAUCGAGAACUCGCUUUUGAGUGUGCCAGUUGCAAUCACGGCUCCAAUCUCGCAAUAA